CCCUAGAAUAAACAUGGAAAGGGAAGAGGGGAGGAGGGGAAGAAACUUCAUCUACCAGGACUGUGUACCUGAAACCUUCAGGGGAGACUGGCCCUUCCCAACUCUCUGGGUCUCCCUCUCCAAAGAGAAUCAUAUCCAAUAAAAAAGCCUAUGUGCAGGCAUGGCCAUAGUGUGGAACCCAAACUCCUAAGGCUUGAGUUCCUCAUCUGAGUCAGGUGGACUGAAUACUGUGCCCACUUACCUCCAGUUCUGCAUCCCCAGCAUCCAGGUUGGGUCAUUGAAUGUCAGUGGAUGGAACCUACAUCCUAGCAGUUGGGCCAGCAGGGGUCAUAUAGUGUCCACCUGCCACCCCAAACUUAAGGAAUUAGCCUGGCACAUGAAGAGAGAGAGGUCUAGAUGCAGCCCAGAUUCUGGCAAAACCAAAGGAGCAUAUCACCAAAUCAUCUCAAAUAGGGGUGAUGGCAAGGAAUCCCUAACUUCUGACUUAGUCACUGACUAAGACAUUUACUUAGUGCUGGCUAUGUGCCAGGCCCUGGGCUGGGACCUCAUAUACAAUCUCCUGAGUAGAAGGUACCUCACGAACAAGGAAGCAGAAGCUUGGAGAAGGCACGUGGUGGGGAUUCAAAUUCAGGGCUAAUUUUGGGGCCUGUACAUUUUCUAGUAAACGAUGCUGCCUCCAAAACUUCCUCUGGGUUCAAGGGGGCAGGAGACCAUACCCCCUGUACUUGGAGGUCAGAAUGCAAGGCUAGAACUUUCCAUCUCCUCCUGCUUCCACAGGGCUUUAAGACGGGGGGAGAAUGCAAGUGAGUGGCCAACUGAUGCAUUGGAAGGCAAGAGGCUGGCUGGCUACCUGGAGACACAGGGAGGGUGGUGGGCAGAGUAGGAGGUCUUGCCUCUGGUGGUCUUGCCUCUGGAGCCCUUUGUGCAAAAGGUAUGGGAACAGGCUUCAAAGAUAGCACCAGGCGAGGCCUCCAGAGCACUGCCCUGUGGCUCUAUGGCACUGUGAGGGACCCAGGUGGUGCCCGAGGUAUUUACUUGAAUAUAGGUGACCUGAAAAAACCAUCAUGCUGAAAAAAAGUGGCUAUAGGCCAGGAGGUGACCAGUUUUACUUUUUUGCCAGCCUUACAGAGAGAUCUUUGAGUUUUUCAUAGAGGACUUCAAAACGUACAAGCCAUUACUUUCCUCCAUCAAGAACGCAUACGAGUUGAUGUUAGGUGAGGAAACUGAGGAAGAACUUGGCUGAAGAGUACCUGCACUACCUCAGUGAGCGAGAUGCCCGCAAGAUCCUCAUUGCAGACCUGAAUGAGUUGCGGUACCAGCGGGAGGAUAUGUCAUUAGCCCAGUCCCCAGGUGUCUGGGGGGAGGACCCCGUGAAGUUAACAUUGGCUCUGAAGAUGACUCGGCAAGACCUGACCCGCACACAGAUGGAACUCAACACCAUGAAGGCCAACUUUGGAGAUGUGGUACCCAGGAGGGACUUUGAAAUGCAGGAGAAGACCAAUAGGGAUCUUCAGGAGCAGCUGGACAGCCUGAGAGCUGACUAUGAGGAGGUCCGCAAGGAGCAUGAGCUGCUGCUGCAGUUGCACAUGAACACACUGAAGGAACGCGACCAGUACUUUGCUGAGCUGCAGGAGAUCCAGCGCACCUCCACCCCACGGCCUGAUUGGACUAAGUGCGAAGAAGUGGUGGCCGGGGGCCCAGAGCGCUGGCAACUGUUGGCUGAGGGCAAGAACAGUGACCAGUUGGUGGAUGUGCUCCUAGAGGAGAUUGGCGAGGGACUGCUACGGGAGAAAGACUUCUUUUCUGGUCUGGGCUAUGGGGAAUCUGUCCCCACUUUCCUUCGGUUUGAUGGUCCUGUGGAGAACAAGAAGCCAACCAGGAAGCAUGUGAUAGAGCUCCUCAAAGAUGCCUGGAAGGAACGUGUUGCAGAGGAGGAGAAAGAGAAGUUUCAAGAUUUCUUCUUUAAUUUUCUGGAGCGUCGCUUUGGGACCAGUGAUGCCAUAGCCUGGGCAUACACCAUUUUUGAAAAUAUCAAACUCUUCCGCUCCAACGAGGUCAUGAGUCACUUCUAUGCAGUCUUAAUGGGAAAGAUAAAUGAGAGUAUGACUGUCAAGCAGAUGGAGACAGUAGCCCAGCUGCUGAAGGAGAUGACAAAUGUUGACAGUCAAAAUGAGGGGAUAAUAACCAUGGAGCAAUUCAGCACAGUCCUCAAGAAUACCUUCCCCCUCAAGAAAGAAGAGAAAAUUCAGGAGCUGAUGGAGGCAGGGGGCUGGCAUCCCGAUGGCACCAAUGCAGACGUGCUUAACUACCGCUCAUUGUUUAUGGAGGAUGAGGAAGGCCGUCAUGAGCCGUUUGUGCAAAAGGUGUGGGAACAGUACCUAGAGGAGAAGGAUGAGUACUUACAGGAGAUAAAGCAGGAGCUGGGCAUGGAAAUCUAUGAUUUGGUGACCCUAUCCAAGCUGCGUGGGGCCUUAAUGAGCAACGACCCCAGCCUGGACAAGCAGACUAUGAAUACUUAUAUCAGCCAGGCCUUCCAGCUCCCUGAGUCAGAACUGCCAGAGGAGGGUGACGAGAAGGAAGAGACCAUUGUGGUACGGCUCCAGUUGAUACUGGACCGGCUUCAGAUGGUUGACAUAAGGCGCAUGGGACCAAGAGAGCAAGAGCCUGUAAGCUAGGAUCACUGGGGGCAACCUCAAUGCUCCAGUAUACUGAUAUUGCUCCUCCCUGAUCUUAGUAUAAAAUUGUUUAUCUGAACCUAUGCUAUUCUCCAGACUGCUGGGGAGUUGGGGGGAGGAGAAUAAGUCUUACCUGGCUGCCCCCAAGAUAUGCACCAAAAU